AAUUAUUAUAAUACUCAGUACUUCCAAGCUCUCAAUUAAAAUAUCCGAAAUAUACUUACUAUGUAAGAAUAUUUUAAUGAAAUACAUUUUUAUUAUAAUCGUGAAAAGUUUGUGAUACUUCAUGAAGAAAGUUCGGUUUGAAACAUUUAAUGACUACCAAAACUUGACUAUGCAAGAAGAAGAAUGCCACUCUCCUCGACCCUUUGUAGGUCAGCUUCGAGACUCGACUACAGCUGGCACUCACGAAGAUAUUUAUUCCAGAAUAUUGGAGAUGAAGUCUGAUCCAAUAGCUAUGUUUGAUUACUCCAACAGCUCUCCAAAUGUGUUAUCUGACAAACUGAAAGUUAUUCCUCCUAAGCGUCAUAGUGAACCCACUGUUUUUCCAUCCAAUGAAUUGGAUUUGAGUAUGCUGGAUGCUUCAAGCUUUGAACCUAGAAAAAAUGCAUUCACUAAGAUGCUACCGGCUAGACCUGUACUUCCCUGUAGCAACUAUGUGGAAAUAAAAGAUCAGAUACCCAAGCCAGCAGGCUCUCCAAACUAUAGAGUAAUGGCCACACCGCAAGUGCUUACAGCUUUGGAAAAUAAAAACAUGAAGGACUCUACUGUUAGCAUGACAGCAAAAGAAAACAGUUUCUUUAUAAGACGUGACAACUUACACUUGAGUUCAAAUGUAAAUUAUUUACAAACGAAAUUUUCUAACUUAAGGUUCAAUAAAGAGAAUAAUCCAUUAGCCAGAAAAGCUGAACUAUUAACAACUGACAACACAAAUCAUGAUCCAAAAGCUAUUUUACCUAAAAAUAUGAUUUCUACAGUUCAUCAGAAUGUAAAUAAUCAGUUUAGCCAUCACUGCCAUGCUAUAAAUAAUGAAAUUGCCUAUCCAUGUGUUACCAAUAUGUGCCAAAACAUGAAAGUUACACCACCUAUGCAAAAUAAUGUAUUAACGCAAUGUCCAUGCUCAGUAAACUAUUGCAUGAAUUGUGUAUGUCAGUCCCAAACAGGCAAAUUACAAGAGAUGAGACCAGAAAACACUCAUUGUACUGCCACUCAUAAUAAUAACAUGGAACCACCUCAUAAUGCAUUAGAAAAGAAAGUAUGGGCUAUACAAAAGUUAGAGAACAAUAAAAAAGAUGAUUGCCUUGAUAUUGAAAAAUCUUCUAGUGUUGCCAAAGAAAAACGAGAACCAACUGUAGCAGACCUGUUCAAGAUUAUAAAACUGCAAAAUGAACAACUGCAGUUGCUGCAGGAGAAAGUGGACAAGUUCAUUUCAAAUGCAAACAAUCCAAGGCCUUCUUAUCCUAUACAGAAUUAUGUUACCGAACAGAUAGCUUUACAAGCAGUUGAGAAUAAUCAUCAUAAGAUAUCUAUUGGUGUAAUGACCAGUUUUGAAAUGAUAAGAACAUCAACAGUAAUUAACAAGGAGUUCACAAAACAAACAACACAUCAGAAUGCCUACGUCCAGUGCAAUAGAUUGCCGAGUGUUGAAAAAGAACCCGAGUUGCAACAGCAAGUUAACAAAAACUUUCUUGAUGGAAUACAGAAGAAGAACAGCCACACAGGGCCAGAGAGCACUGAGGAUAAUUCCCCUGGACAUUCCUCUUCGGAGGCUGAAGACUUCCUAGAGAAUGAUAUUAGGAAUGAGGGGAAAGCUUUGAACGAAAUAAGCUUAUACAAUGUGCAAGUUGACAAUGCAACCACACCCCUUAUAUCACCUGAACAAACAAUGUACUUAGAUGUCAGAGACUAUAGCGACUCUGAUUCAGGAAGUGACGAGCAGUCCAAUGUUGGAUGGACAUACUACAACAAAGUUAUGACGCACGUGAACGGAAUGCUGCAGGACUCGGACAUGCCGUCGUCCGCCAGCGCGCUGUUCCGGACCACCAAGCAGCAGUGCGUGAAGAUGCAGAUUGACAAGACUAACAUUAGUGUGACAAAGAGGGUGAAGUUCGGCGACGACCCGCUGGGGCUCCAGCAGCAGCAGGCGGUGGACACCAGCGCGCGCAUGAACCAGCUCGCCGCCAAGUACCUGCAGCCGAGGCAGGCCGCGGCCAGGCCGGGAGCGCAGGCGGAGAUGUCCUUCGCGACUAGGAACUAUAUGGAGCGGCAUCAGUUGUUGCAAGGAAUGACCCCAGUGCCUCCCACGACCACGGCCUCCCCUGAGAUGCCGCGGUUCCUUGACAUCACUGCGUUGAAGAGACAACAGCAGCACAAGCUUUUAUAGGUAUUGUAUACUUACUUUGUUAAAUAAUGUACCUAAGUAUUGUAUUGAUAUUGACAUAAGGAUCUUAUAAGAUUACUUUACGAAAUAAAAUUAUGUUAUUUAAUCGAA